CCCAACCAGGCGCCGACUGUUCCGCGUCCAUCCAUCCCAUCUACAGCCGAGCCGAGCCGCUCAGCCCCGUGACAGACAAAAGCCAAGGCCACAUCUAGUCGACGCUCCCCAAGGCUCGUCCAACACACAACUUUGUUCUCCUCGCCACACGGAAAUACUCAGCACAAGACAUUCAGCCAUCACCGGAUAACAACUACUCCCAUCCACACACCCGCGCCAGAAGAGGAUGUACGACAACGAUAACGACAGCGAUAGCUACUCCCCGCCGCGUCACCGUGACGACAGCUCUCGGCACAGCGGCCACAGAAGCAGCAGACGGUCUCCCGCCGGCGCCGGCAGGGCCAGGUCCUCUGCGGCCCGGGAUCUGUCUCCAGACUACCACUUUUCCGGCGGCGCAUUUGUGCCUUCUCCCUACGCGCACGGCGCCAUCCCCAUCGUGACGCCAGUAGCAGCCGCAGCCGCAGCCGCAGGUGCCCCGCGCCUACACUACGAGCAGCACACGCCCUUCUACCCCCCUGGUGCCGGCGAGGGAGGCCUGCACGCGGGCGACUCGCUGCAGGUGCCGCGUCCGCGCGACUACCGCCCGCAGCGCCCGCGCUCCGUGCCGCCGCCAGGCGCCAUAAUGGCGGCAGCGCCAAGAGGGCAACAGGCCCGCCACCGGCGCGACAACCUGACCGACUCGGACGACGACAGUGGCGAUCACAGGCGCGACCACUCGCGCUCGCACAGCCCCCUCGGCAAGGCGCGCCACGUGCUGGAGCACACGUUCUCGCAGUCGACGUCGGGGCUCGGCGUCGGCGUGCUGGGCGCCAUUGUCGGCGGCCUGGCCGCGCGCGAGGUUAGCGAGCGCGGCCACCGCCAUGGCGGCAGCGGCAGCAAGGACAGCAGCAAGGGCGCGGCACUCAUCUCCACCAUCGUCGGCGCGGCCGUCGGCGGCCUCGGCGCCAACGCCAUCGAGAAGCGCCUCGAGAGGUCGCGCAGCAAGACCAACCGCGAGCAGGACGCCUGGGAGCGCAAGUGGGGCACCAGCCCCGGCGAAAACAACAACACUAAAGACCUCGGCAGGUCGGGCGACAGGAGGGUGCCAGCGCUCGAGAGGGACGCGAGAGACAGGGGCAGGGCCCACAGCAGCACUGGCCGAGACCGGGACAGGAGUAGGAGCAGAGCAGACCGGCGGCGGGGCGGUAGUGACUACGAUGACGACGGCGACGGCGGCGACAGCUUUGACGAGCCCUACGAGGAGCGCGUGCGCCCCGGGAAGAAGCCCGGCGGCUUGGCCGACGACUACUAUGCUGCCGCGUCGAGCAACGUGAGCCGCGUCGGCGGCAGGGACAGAGACGAGAGGAGACGGCACUGAUUCUCUUAUUUCUCUGUUCCUCUUUUUUUUUAAAUCCUCACCUUUCUGUUUGGGUGUGUUUAUGCCGUUCAGGCUGUCGUCCCUUUCAAAUGUAUGUGCUCAAAGAAACGGUCAGGAAUAUGUUUCGUCGUAAUAUUUGUCUUUUUAUACCACCACCACCUUUGAGCGAUUUCUUUGUUUCCGGGGGACUAGCUUAUAUGCCAGUGAGC